UCUGCGGCGACGUUGGUGGGUCCGGCCAGACUUUCAACUGCGUAAAGAAGAAGGACUUUACGGCUAUGCAACGGAUACGUCAGGAUGACCACGGAUUUUUCAACAAGUUCUUUCGCAAGGCGCCGCAGCUCUUGGACAAGCUAUUGAGCUUUUUAGCAGAGGACCUCACACGGCAGCACCACAUUCGAGAAACCCCUGGAGCCUGGAGAACGACUUGCUGUAGCAUUGAGAAGCAAUGCUUCCUAACGUAUCCAGCCUACGACUGCCUGCUGAAGCCAGCGAUGCUUCUGACUGCGGACUGCUGUGGUGUGCCUCAGAAUCCUCAGGAACCAGAACUUCUUGAAACAUCGGUGAUUCAAGAGAUUCCAAAAUGUCCUGAGACUCCACAGACUCAUGCGACGCCGAAGACAGAGUCGAUGCUGGCGCUUGUGACUCUUCACUUGACGGUGAUGGCACUUCAAGUGUUGCCAGAUCGGAAAACUGGCACAUUUUUUGUUAAGAUGUCUGCGGCACUUCCCUCCUCACUCGAUGGGGGCACUGGUGGAAGGUUGGCGGACAUCCUGCAUGUGAGCGUAAUAAGGUUUGCACAUACUGUCAAUGUGUAAAUAAUGCGCCAGUCUGGAUGCAAAAAUAUAUGAAGGCUCAAAUCCGUGCACAUUCGUUUUAGUGUGUGAUUUUAUUAGAGUACACUGAAGCUCUGAAUCAGUUUUGUAGGGACAAUAGUGGCUUGCCUACACAACCAGAAUGAACAGUUUCUGCAUGCGCGUAAGUGUAGCUUUUGUAUCUUUUUCUGUUUUUGCUUGUGAUGCAUUUAAGCAGUUCUUACAAGAUCUGCAUGCCUAAAGCCUAGUGAUUACUUCUACUCAAAACAGUUUGUGAUAUUUGGAAUGUUUCAGUUUUGAAAUAAUUAGCAGGAAGCAUUCCACUACAUUUACUUAGUAAAACC